AUGAGGGGUUGCGUUUUUCUGCUGUUGGCGCAUGCAGUCGCCGCCAUAACUGGACCAAGGAUAGAAAAUGACUUCGAUAGAAACCGACAGCCAAGUCAUUCUGGAUUCAACGAACAUCAAAAUAGAUUUGGAGUAUCACCUUCAUUACAAAACUUCCAACAGCAACCAAGCUUGUUGAGCAGUCCAGCUCCUAACAUCCAGUUCCCGCAACCGAUAUUCCAACAACAACCUUAUGUACCACAAUUCAAUAAUUUAUUACCAGCUCAAAACAUUCCAAAUAAUGCCCCGAUCCAAAACAAUAACGGGUUUCAAUUCAGCCAACCAACAAACGUUAAUCCAAUUAACAACCUACAACAACAAAACUUAGGGCAUAUUCCGCAACACGCACAAAAUAUACAACAACCCAUCCCGACUUUAGCAGCGUUUCAAAGUAACAGACUUCCAUUGAAUCAAAAUUCUCCUCAAACAUUUAACCAAAAUCCAAAUAUUCAUAGCUCAAUUGAUAUUUCUCAGCAGAGACCAACUCAAGCUGCUUUUCUUCCGCCUUUGAAUUCUGUUGCUGUUCAAAACCAGGCUUUUAACGGGCCAAAUCCAAUAACAAUUCAAGCGGCACCGAACCUAGGACCACAAAAUAUAAACAGUCAGCAAAUUCCAUUCCAAUCAUCCUUAGGCCAAUCUCAACUGUACAACGGCCAAUCUGUAUCACAACUACAAGAUUACUACGAGCAGCAAUCUAAAGAAAACUUAGAGAAAUUGAAGGAACUACAAGAAAGGCAACGACUCAUUCAAAAACAUCAAGAGUUCGUUCAAAAACAACAACAAAAGCAACAAGAAAAAGUAGAAAAAUUGCAUGAAGAAUUUGUGAGUAAACAAGCUACAAAAUCCAUACCAACUUAUACAACGACGGAAAGCUACGAAGAGUUCUUUAAGCGAAAUCAAGAGAAACGAAGACCUUUACUUCCUCACGAAACGGAUUUGUUCAGAAAAGCCAUUGAGCUUUAUGAAAAGGACCAUCCAACUACUACUUCUACGACAACUACUACAACCACUACAACGACAACGAAACGCCCUACAACUGCUCGAUAUAGGACUCGGUCACCAACUAGGACUAGGGCGCCUCCUCAAGACAGGAAUAAACAAAAGCUUUACAACGAAAUUAAAAAUCUUUUAGAAGAAAGUGAUACUAAAGGCUUUGAUGACAAUUUAAGAGCGAAGAGUGUAGCGCUUCUCCAAAAGCCAGAUAUAUUAAAGCAACUCAAAGUAGCUUUAGCUGAAAAUCCUGAAGAUUUUAAUGAGAAAAACUUUACAUCUCGUGAAAUAUCCUUAAAUGGACAGAAGUUUGAAGUGAUAAGGACCAAUAAUCCGAAUCUAAUACCUCAAGGAGCAAUUGCUGCUGAUAAUCCUGAUUUUGGCAAGCUUAUAGCUGCUACACAAGAACCUCAAAAAGAAAGUCGUAUUUCUUUUGAAGAUUUAACUAAAGGUGUAUUGCCACCGGGGGCUAAUUUCGAAUUAAUCAAACAAGCAGAUAAUGGUAAAUUAGAAGAAGUUUCUAAGAUACCAAAUUCAUUACAAAAUAAAAAGAAAGUUACAUUCGUUUUCCUUGAAGAACAGGAGGAUGGCACAUUUAAAGUGAAGGGUGUUAAAGCUAAUGGCCAGCAAACUGAAGAAGGUCCGGAAGUAGAAGAUAUACUAAAUAAGAUAAAGAAGGGUGAAAUACAAUUGCCUGGACCUACUAAAAUUUCCAACAACGCAUUUUCAACCACAACGCAAAGUCCGUCUACUAUAACAACAGAUUAUAUAGCUGAAUCAUCACACAAUCCCUCAACUUACACAAGUUUCGUUACAACGUCCAACUACGGUGACUCGGGGCACACAAAUCCGAUACAAACAACUCCAGCGCCAACUUACCGAACAAUAGUACCAUCAACAAGAGCCACCCCAUUAACACAAACAUACCCGUCCACCACUCGAGCAACGACAAGUGAAAGGUACUACGUAAAAUCUUCUACACCAAACUAUGUUAAAAGUAGAAAUAAUUACAGCCCCUCAUCAAGAGGCCACAGUCAAGGUUCUACACUAAUAAAUACAACGCCUGUUUACCCAACAUCUUCAUUCAGAUCAACACCCCAAGAUAUAGUCGUUAUUGGAUCUAGCGCAUCUCCAGCUUUCGAAGAAUCUACUAUUAACUUAAGCUAUGACAAAUCUGGCACUCCUGACCUCAUUGAUAUUUUAAAAGAGAAUGGCUUGUUCGCAACAGCUAAAUACUUAAAGCAGUCAGGUUUAGAUGCCAUAUUGAAUGAAACUGGACCGUACACAAUAUUCGCCCCAACAGACAAAGCUUUUAGAACACUGCUUGUUCAACUCGGUGGUCCUGAUAGAGCUGAAGAAAAAUUCCGCGACAAUCCCAGGCUGUUGAGUGGGUUACUCCUGCACCAUGUGAUCCCAGGCGCUUUCGACAUCGCGUCGCUACAAGACGAGAUGACCGGAGUGUCACUUGCGGGCACGCAGCUUAGAGUGAACCAGUACGACAUGCACGACGUUGAGUGGAACGAAGUGCGUGUGACCACUAUCAACGGUGCUCGAGUUUUGGACGAUAAAAAGGACAUACAUAUACCGCAGGGUAUAGCACACGCGGUGGACCGAGUGAUGUUCCCGCUGCCGGUGGGCGACCUGGUGCAGACGCUGCAGGCGGACCGCGACCGACGCUUCACAAUAUUCCUAAAAGCGAUAUUCGCUAGUGGCUUCGCGGACACUUUAGCUGAAAGCAAAACCUAUACAGUGUUCGCACCAACCGACGCGGCGUUCUCUCGUCUCACCGCGUCUGAACUAUCGCGGUACUCAGACAAAGCCGCGGCGAAGGCGCUGGUCGCGCGCCACGUGCUGCCCGGCACGCUGUACAGCGCGGGCAUGCGAUACUAUCAGCUGAGGAACUCUAUGGAAGACGCGAAACCUUUGACUUUACAGAAGAGUUCUGGUCGCAUUAAAGUGAACAACGCCCAAGUGAUAACACACAACAUACCCGCCACAAACGGCGUCAUACACGCCGUCGACACGCUCUUG